AUGAAGCCAGUAGAAAACAUGAAGGAAUUCAGUGAUCGUUUCACUAGUGUGGUAAACGAAUUAUAUACACUUGGAAAAAUAUACGAUAACAAGGAAAUAAUUGUUAAGGCGUUGAGAUCUUUACCAAGUGCAUGGGACAUAAAGACCAUGGUGAUGCGAGAAUCAAGCAAUCUCGGGCAGAUGAAAGUGCAUGAUGUGUUUGAGGAUCUGAAAGCGUACGAGUUUGAGAUGAAGUCUCGAAUCGAAGAUGAAGCUUCAAUAUCAACCGUAACUAGAGCCUUGAUGACAUCAGUGGAACAAACAGCUCCUGUAUCAUCCGAUCCAGCACCAAUCAAAAACCCUGAUCAGAUCUGUGAUGAUGUGAUGACUAUGCUUGCAAAGAAAUUCGGAAGAUUCAUGAAGAAAAAUCAACCAUCGAACAACCAAAACUACAACUAUGAUUACAGUGACAAAUCUUAUGUAAAAUGUUAUAACUAUAACGCUUUGGGUCAUUACAGGUCGAAAUGCAGAAGACCGAGACGAGAUGACCGAAAACCGGAAAACAACUAUCAGAGGGGUGACAACCAACAAAACGGUGAAGGAAAUGAGACUAAAAAAGUACUAAUAACUUCUGACGGUGGAAGUGAGUGGGCCUACUCCGAUAGCGAUGAAGAAAGAGUCACGUGCUUCAUGGCUAAGGAAGAAGAGGUACCCAACUUUCAAGAGGAAUUCGAUUUCUCAAGUGAAGAAUUCACUAAAGAGGAUCUGGUUAUUGCACUCAACGACAUGGUUGCUGAGUUCAAAAACCUAUCCACAAUAUUACCAAUCCGGUCAAACGUUGAAAUCAGAGAGUCAAGUGGAACCAUCAGCAAGCCGAGUGGAACCAAAACCUACGAACCGAUUGAGCUAUCCUGUGAGAAUGAGAAGCUCAAGGAGAAAGUUCAGUCGCUAACCAAAGAAAACGAAAGAACAAAAUAUGUCAUGGAUGUCUGGAAGAAAUCCAGUGAAGCGGUGAGCCAGAUGUCUACAUACCAAAGACAUCCCAAAUGCAUGUUUGGGCUCGGCUAUAAGGGCAGCAAAUUGGCUAACCAAAAAUCUUCAAACGGGAUGAAACUCAACAAAGGCAAUCUUUCAUUUGUAAGAUUUGUCAAGAGCUCUUCAACCGACAAUGGGGCAGACCAUGAUUCAAAAGCGGACAAAGAAAUAAAAUAUGUAGGUCCAACUGACUCGGAUAAAUGA